CUCCUCCUGAGGCCGGUCUACCCCGCAGUGUGCAGCGGAGAGAGGGCUGGACCUGCACUCCUCCUGUCUAUCAAACAACCACUGCCCCCCUGUGACAGAUUUACACGAUUAUCACAAUCCGAGCAAUUUUGAAGGAGCGGCAAAUUCCCUUCAAGGCGGUGUAUGUAUCCAGUUGGAGGGAUGUCCGCUGUCAUACAGGCCAACAGGCUGCGAGCAGAAGGCAUGGGCACCAAUGAGCACGCUGUGCCCUUCUCCAACCAGGACUAUGAGGCUCUAAAGCAGCAAUGUGUGGAGUCCGGCUGCCUGUUUGAGGACGACUGUUUCCCCGCUGAGCCUCCAUCCCUGGGCUUCAAGGAACUCGCCCCCUAUUCCUCCAAAACCAGGGAUGUGGAGUGGAUACGCCCCACAGAACUGACUGAUGACCCUCAGUUCAUUGUGGGUGGUGCCAGCAGGACUGACAUAUGUCAAGGAGCACUGGGUGAUUGCUGGCUCUUGGCAGCCAUCGCCUCUCUCACCCUGAACGAGAGGCUUCUUCACCGGGUCGUCCCACAUGGACAGUCUUUUCAAGACGACUAUGCUGGAAUCUUCCACUUUCAGUUCUGGCAGUUCGGCGAGUGGGUAGAUGUUGUGAUUGAUGACAGAUUGCCUGUCAAAGACGGAGAGCUGAUGUUCGUCCAUUCUGCUGAAGGCAACGAAUUCUGGAGUGCACUCCUAGAGAAGGCUUACGCAAAGUUGAGUGGAUCCUACGAGGCUCUGUCUGGAGGGAGCACCACUGAAGGGUUUGAAGACUUUACAGGUGGUGUGUCUGAGAUGUACGAGCUGCGCAAGGCCCCCAGAGAUCUGCACAGGAUCAUUGCUAAAGCCCUGGAGAGAGGCUCUCUGCUGGGUUGCUCCAUCGAUAUCACCAGUGCCUUCGACAUGGAGGCUGUUACAUUCAAGAAGCUUGUGAAGGGCCACGCCUACUCAGUCACCGGACUGAAGGAGGUUGAUUUCCAAGGUAACAUGGAGCGCCUAAUCAGAAUACGUAACCCUUGGGGACAGGUGGAGUGGACUGGUGCCUGGAGUGACAAUUCCCCUGAAUGGGAUGAGAUUGACCCUUCUGAACGAGAGGACCUGCAUCUUAAGAUGGAAGAUGGGGAGUUUUGGAUGUCCUUCAAUGAGUUCAAGAGGCAGUUUUCUCGGCUAGAGAUCUGUAACUUGACUCCCGACGCUCUGAGUGAUGACGGUCUCAGCCACUGGAACACCAUGAAGUUUUACGGCGCAUGGAGGAGAGGCAGCACUGCCGGAGGCUGCAGGAACAAUCCCAACACGUUUUGGAUCAACCCUCAGUACAAGAUCACCUUGCUGGAGGAGGAUGAUGACCCAGAGGACGAUGAGGUGGCGUGCAGUUUUUUGGUAGCUCUCAUGCAGAAGGACCGCCGCAAGUAUCGCCGCCAGGGUCAGGACACGCACACCAUUGGAUUUGCUCUUUAUGAGAUUCCAGAAGAGUACAGAGGCUGCACGAAUGUCCAUCUGAAGAAGAAUUUCUUCCUGAGCCAUUCAUCGUGUGCUCGCUCUGAGACAUUCAUUAACCUGCGAGAGGUGAGCACACGGCUGCGUCUUCCCCCAGGAGAAUACCUCAUCGUCCCCUCCACCUUUGAGCCCAGUCAGGAAGCGGACUUUGUCCUCAGAGUCUUCACUGAGAAGCAAUCGGAAACAGAAGAACUGGAUGAUGAAAUCUCUGCAGAUUUUGGAGAGGAAGAAGAAAUAACUGAAGACGACAUUGAUGACUCUUUCAGGUCCAUGUUCGCACAGCUGGCAGGAGAGGACAUGGAGAUUUCUGUUCACGAGCUUCGAACCAUUCUCAACAGAGUCGUUACCCGGCACAAAGAUCUGAAGACUGAUGGCUUCAGUUUGGAAUCAUGCAGGACCAUGGUCAACCUGAUGGACAAAGACGGUAGUGCUCGUUUAGGGCUGGUCGAGUUUCAGAUCCUCUGGAACAAGAUCCGAAAGUGGCUGGUCAUUUUCAGAGACUUUGACCUGGACAAGUCCGGGGCCAUGAGCUCAUAUGAGAUGCGUCUUGCCGUCGAGGGAGCCGGUUUCAAACUGAAUAACAGACUGAACCAGAUUCUAGUAGCCCGCUAUGCGGAGAACGAGAUGGUCGACUUUGACAACUUCAUCUGCUGCUUGGUCAAGCUGGAAGCUAUGUUCAGGUCCUUCCAGCAGUUCGACAAGGAUGGAUCAGGAGAGGCGGAGAUGAAUGUAACAGAGUGGCUUUACCUGACAAUGUGUGGUUGAAAGGACCAUCUUCUCUGGAGCAGUAAAGGUAGAGUGGCUGCAGAUUGCCAUAAACCUGGAGAAAUGAAGACCCCUCAGCCUUAGCAACCCAUCAAUCCUUUAACACAUCCCACCUCAGCGUAUGUAAAGUAGUAAAAUAGCUUUUUAAUGGGAAACCAAAGUCUUAUCAAGUCAAGUGGCUCCCGGCUGAAUUUAAGAAUCUAUGCAAACCUACUCUAUGAAGCAAUCACUGUGCCACAUGGCUCUGUGACCUCUGUAGCAUGAUUCACUGCAUGACAAUAAUCACUAGCUGUAAUGUGUAUUGUUGCAAGUUGAUUUUGGAUUUCUUCAUUUUACGAUCACUGUCUGUAUGAAUGAUGUACUUACAAUAGUUUCACUGCUCAAAAUCUCACUAAAAGCUUUCAUUAAGGAACACGAAAAACAGAAGUAAUCUAAAGAUUGUUGUUACUGUAAAGAUUUAAAAGGUGAAGCCUUAUAGGUACUCAUGAUUAUUCUGCAUUCAGGUUUCCGUUUUGCCCUGAUUGUUGAAAAGGAAAUGAUACCCUCAGUUUUUAGUUGGUAGUUUCAUUCUUGCACCUGCAGACGGCAGUACAGACCUAAUAUAAUGUCAAUGUCUUUUGUCUGGCAUAUGAUUCUAAAGUUUAGCUUGUUAAUAUUACAAGUAUUUUUCUUUUAUUGAAGUUGAAGCACAGCAGCUAACUUUUUUUUUUAGUUCUACUGUAUGGUUUUUAUUUUGCACUGACAUUUUAGUUGAAGGAUGAUGCUACUGAGGUUGAAAUACUGUAUUUCAGUCCACUGAAGGGACAUUCACUGGGAUCACAUGACACUAUAUGCCUUAUACACACACACCAUGGUGUUAUAAACAGCAAAUGAAAAUAUGCCAGUCAUGUGUUUUACGUUGUGGAUGUAUGUUGUGCCUUCAAUAAAUAUUUCCCUCAUAGAA